AGUGGAGCCGCUUGUCUCCAUCGUUAUUAAUAAAGUUAAUUCAAAACCAUGAGCUACAACAAUGGCGGCGUCUACGUCCUGGAGGAGGUUCGCGCAUUCGAUGCACUCACCGGCUCUGUUUGGCGUUUUUACUCGGAUAACUGACCGACUGUUUCGUACUCGGGACAGACGAGGAGGCUCAUCGGUUCUCCUGCUGGCUCCCCUGUUGGCAGAAACUGACGCGGCCCCCCAAAGUGACUCCAGGCCCACAAGUUCAGCCAGAGCUCAGGGAACAGACAGCCUCGGUACCCACUUCCGAUGGCUGGCAGAGUAUGCGCCGGCCUUCCGCGUGCCCGGUGCACACAUCCAUAUUCUCACCUCACCAGACCAGUUCUACCAGGCUAUGAAGGCACGCAUCAAGACGGCAAGGAGGCGUGUGGUGAUGGCCUCCUUGUAUCUGGGUACAGGUCAUCUGGAGCAAGACCUGGUGGACUGCGUGGAAGAAGCUCUGAAGCGCUCACAGGAAACCUAUCCCACCCCAGACCUCAAAGUCUCCUUUUUACUCGAUUACACACGCGGCUCACGAGGUGAGAUUAACUCGAGGACCAUGCUGCUGCCACUGUUGCGGCGUUUCGGGUCUCAGAUGCGAGUGUCUCUGUACCACACUCCAGACCUGAGGGGGCUGCUGCGCCUGCUGGUGCCACAGCGCUUCAAUGAGACUAUUGGAGUCCAGCACAUCAAAGUCUACUUGUUUGACGACAGCGUUAUCAUCAGCGGGGCCAAUUUGAGUGACUCCUACUUCACUGACCGACAGGACCGUUACGUGUUGUUGGAGAACUGCAGCGAAGUCGCCAACUUCUUCUCAGAGCUGGUGGAAGCUGUGGGAGAUGUGUCAUUGCAGCUUUCAGCCGGAUAAACUCGGUCAGCCCUGUUGGAGGGCAUGGUGCACCCGUAUAAAGGAAACCGACAGGACUUCUCAGCUGUGGCCAGGAGUCGGAUCAUGGAGGUCGUGAAUGCAGCGCACAUGCGGCAGUGGCUGUCCAGCCUCGCUGACGACUCUGAGGAUGAGGGAGUGAGUGAGGGAGAGGACACUUUGGUGUUUCCUCUGAUCCAGAUGAAGCCUGGAAUCCAGGUGGAUGAGCAGGUCACACAGCGCUUGUUGACCGACGCAGGGACGGACUCCACAGUGUUUCUAACAUCUGGGUACUUCAACCUAACGCAGGCGUACAUGAGGCUGGUCCUCAGGGCCGGAGCCAGCUACCGCAUCCUCACCGCGUCCCCGGAAGUUAACGGCUUCUUUGGGGCCAAGGGAGUGGCUGGGGCGAUCCCCGCCGCUUACAUCUACAUCGCCCGUCAGUUCUAUAACCAGGUGCUGCGGCUGGGCCAGCAGGGGCGAGUGCACCUCCACGAGUACCACCGGCCACUGUGGACGUUCCACGCCAAGGGCCUGUGGUACUACCUCCAGGGGCGUGAGCGGCCAUGUCUCACUCUAAUUGGCUCACCUAAUUUUGGUUAUCGCUCGGUUCAGCGUGACCUGGAAGCCCAAAUCGCCAUAGUAACGGAGAAUGAGGAGCUGCAGCUGCAGCUGCAUGAGGAGCAGGAAAUGUUGUACAGGCGCUCCUCAGAGGUGUCCAACGCCACGUUCGAGAGGCCUGACCGUUACGUCAAGCUUUGGGUGAAACUAAUCACUCCUCUCAUCAAGAAUUUCUUCUGAAGGUGUGCGGGAGUCAUGUGAUUUCUCCUCAGUCCUGAGGUUAAAGGUCACGGUGGAGUUGGAUAUCCUCUCCUGCAGAUUUCAGUCAGAUAGACUGGAGAGCCGUCUUUGUGUUUGAGCAAGUCACCAGGACAUUCAUGCACAACUUCAAAAGGUACAAAGCUCCAGAUGGGGGCGUGUCUACCUGCUAGUCUGUGAAAUUAUUUACAGCUCAAAAACCAGGACUUGAAAGCACUGUGGUUUUUCUCUGUUAGCACUAACAUGUAUUUAGGACAAACAUUUCUGUCAGUGUACAUUUCCAGAAUUGAUUAACUCUGCGAGAAAGCAGCAUGGUUUGUGUUUGUGGUGGGUGCGUGGUCACCAUUGGAUGGGGGUGACAGGUCUUUAUGAUGCCUCAGGCGCAUUCGUAAUAAAGAGCUUUACUGUGUUUACAUGUCUGAGUCAGAGCUAAUUGUACAGUGUUAUUGUAUUCUAAAAGAUAAAGUGAGUUUUAAAAUGGUUUUAAUGUGCAGUGUUUGUCUGGUGUAGUUUGUUUUUACUCUUUAGGUUAAAACUACAGUGUGUCUGAUUUAGGGGUAUUUAUUAGCAGAAAUGGAAUACAGCAUUCAUAACUGUCAUUUCUUUAGUGUAGAAUUACCUGCAAUAAUGAACUGAUGCUUUCACAAGUUUAGAAUGAGUCUCUGAUUUCUACAUGGGAGCACCACCACGUUGAUACAGUAGCCCAAAAGGGACACAAUACUUUCUUGCAUUUUGCAGCACAGCUAGAAGACUGAAGAAAAAAGAAAUCAAAGGUUGCUCCCCUCUGAAAUGGUCUACUGGCAUCUACUGCAAGCUAACCAGAUCAAGAAUCCACAUU